GCCCUUUUCCCCUCCUUGGUAUCCAAACCAAUUGCAGCAAGGGCUUCAUCAUCGAUAACGAGUAAAUUCUAUCGUCAAAGGUUGAGGAGAGACAAGAAGAAACGGAUCCACCGAACGAACCGCUUUCUUCUCAAAAAGUUCAUCAGCUAAUAAAGGAAAUCGGAGAAAAUGGCAGCAGCUUGCGCGCUCUCUCUUUCCCCCAUCCCCGUUCCGUUUUCUUCUUUGUACUCUUCCAAUUCAAAGAAACGCAUCUCCUCCUCUGUCUUCUUUCAGACCCCAAAGUCUUCCUUUCUGGGUUUUCACGCCCUCUUCUCGCUCCAAACCAUCAAUUCUCCAUCCCCGAAACAAACCCUUCGGAAGCUAUCUUCAACUGUGCUUUUCAUGCUCCCCACAGCAAAACCCGAUAGAGCACCGGCCGAGAAAAUCCCAAAAUGGUCGGCGAGGUCAAUAAAAUCUUUUGGGAUGGGAGAGCUUGAAGCAAGGAAGCUCAAAUACCCGACAACCGGGACAGAGGCUCUUCUCAUGGGCAUCCUUGUUGAGGGAACGAGCGAAGCAGCAAAGUUUCUACGUGCAAAUGGAAUCACACUUUUUAAAGUACGGGAUGAAACUGUCAAGUUGCUUGGGAAGUCUGAUAUGUAUUUUUUUAGUCCUGAACAUCCACCAUUGACGGAACCAGCUCAGAGGGCACUAGAUUGGGCUGUCGAUGAGAAAAUGAAGUCAGGCGAGGAUGGAGAAGUAACUACAUCUCAUAUGCUUCUCGGUAUAUGGUCUGAGAAAGAUUCCGCCGGUCACAAAAUAUUGGCGACUUUAGGUUUUGACGACGCAAAAGCCAGUGAGCUAGCGAAGAAUGCCAACAAAGAGGUUGCCAUGAACUACAGAUAGAGAUGUCCAAUGAAGUUCUGAGUAAUUUAGGCCCGAACGAGUAUCAGCGGCCGUCGGGAUCAGCCAUUCCUCUUCUACCGGGUAAAGCUGCCCUGAGUUCGUAUUGUAUCAUGGGCUAACGACUGAUUGAGGCUUUUUUUUCCUUCCCAAGUGGGAUUAAUUUUAUCGAAUCUUUUUCAUUUGGAUGUGUACUCUGUUAUACUCUAGUUUAUAGUGGCAUUCAUAUGUACCUGUGUUCUCCAAGUGUCAACAUGUUUCUGACCAUGGGAAAAAACCAUUUUUCUUGCAGUGCUUGAUAUUAUUUUGAAAAAGAAAACACUGACUUCGUGAUC